GGUAGAGAAGGAGGUGUGUCCACAAACUAUAGUUUCGAUAUUUAACAUUACCUUACAGAAGAAAACAAUGUCGCAGAUUAACAUUUAAAACAAGUGCCGGUAUCUUCACACCGAGAAGAACUAAGGCUGCUGAUGACUUUCGUUAACUUACAGAGAUGGACUUGGAGUUUCAGCGGGUGUUGUUAAAAGUGCAGGAGUCGCUCACUAGCGAUGAGGUGCAGGACCUGGUGUUCCUCUGCUCUGAUCUGCUGAGUCUGAAAGACCUCAGCACCGUGAGCUCAGCCGGACAGCUGUUCUGUCUUCUGGAGAAGAUGAACCAGCUGUCAUGUGAGGAUCCGUCUCUGCUUCUAGAGCUGCUCAGGAUCAUGAAACAGAACAGCCUGAUCCGCAUUUUGACCUCAGAAGAUUAUAAGCAAACCGACAGCACAGUCUUCAGUCAACAAAUCUCCCCGUACAGACAGUUGUUGUACGAGCUGUCAGAGUCCAUCUGUGAUCAGGACCUGAAAAACAUCAAAUUCCUCCUGUUGAAAACACUGUCGCGCAAAAAACUGGAGAAGGACACGACGCUGUUGCAGUUGUUUCUGGACAUGGAGAAGGAAGACCUUUUGGGUGAAAAUAAUUUGGGCGUUCUGCAGAAAAUUAUAGCAGAUAUCAAUCCCAGUUUAGAAAAAAGGAUUAUUCAAUACAAAACGGAGCGUUACGAGCCUGGUGGGAUGGUUAUUUCUCAGGAGAUCGGGAAGAUUACUCCUGCUUCGCCCUCAGCACUGACAAUACUGGCACACGCAGUUGGCAUAAUGGAGGAGCAGGUUGACAGACUUAGUCUAACUGAAGGUCCUGCUUCGACUAGUGGAGAUCAGUGCCAGAAUUCGGAUUCCCACUCAGUGAUUGAAAACAAGAGCUUAAACUUCCCAAAUCCAGAGAUCCAGCAGUAUGAGAUGAAGGGGGACAGGAGAGGUGUCUGUCUAAUCAUCAACAACUAUGACUUCAGUGCAUGCACACUGGGGAACAGAGAAGGAACAGAUAUUGACAAAGAAAGCCUGAAGGUUGUGUUCAAGUGGUUGGGAUUUGAGGUGCUGGUUGAACAGGACUGCAGUCGCAAUCAGAUCCUGCAGGGGCUGAGGAGCCUGGCGGCUCGUGACCACACGCCGGCGGAUUGCGUGGUGUGCUGUGUGUUGAGCCACGGACAAGUAAAAGGCAUCUUCGGGGUCGAUGGAGAGAUUGUCACCUUUAGGGAGCUGAUAGAGACCCUGAGUCCAAAUCAUUGUCCAUCUCUCUACAAAAAACCCAAACUGUUCUUCAUCCAGGCCUGCAGGGGUACCGAAAAUCAGCCAGCAGUUUUUCCUCAAACUUGCUCAGAAGAUGAGGACGCGCUAUGCAGCGAUGCAGCUGUACCCAGAGACUCCAUCCCAGAGAUGGCAGACUACCUGUUAGCCAUGUCCACUGUACCACACUACGUCUCAUACAGGGAAAAGGGCAAGGGAACCUGGUUUAUACAGUCGCUCUGCCGCAGCCUGCAGCGGCUGGUGCCAAGGGGAAUAGAUCUACUCUCCAUUCUGACGCAGGUGAACAGCGAUGUGAGCAAAAAGACGGACAAAAGCGGUUUGAGGAAGCAGAUGCCACAGCCAGAGUUCACCCUCACCAAGAGAGUGGUUUUCCCUGCACCCAGAGCUCAGCGACCCCUUCCAUAAUGUCCUGCUGCAGUUCAUGAAAGCUCUCAGACAGCAUACACAGCGCACACACACACACAGAUGUAGCUGGGGGGAUGAUUAUCUUGUGAAAAUACUGUUCACAUACAGUAAUUUCCAUUUACCUAAUGAAAAAAAUAAUAUUUUAUGUAAUAAACAAAUAUGGAGUUGUUUAAAAUUAUAUUGUCAAUAACAUCAUGAAGUGAUAAAAGAACAUUUAAUUUCCAAAUUCACCCCAAAACAGUGCUGUUUAUGUUGUACUGGGAUUAUUGCACUUGUAUGUAUUUGUCCAGAGGGCACGACACUCUCAUAUUUGAUGCUAAAGCACUUUUGUUUGUAGCUCUGGAUAAGAGCAUAAAUGGAUAUUUUCCGCACAAGAGGGGACUGUUGCAACUGGUGGUUUAUUAGUUAAAUAAUGAUAUUUCAAUGUAAAGGGAAAGCCUCCUGCAGCUGCUGUUUAUUGUCCUCUGCACCCUAAAUAAAUCAAAUAAAAAAUGUAUGUUGACCAACUAAA